GCACCCCAAAAAGAAGCCCGUGGAGACGUUUGCUGAUCCCAUCCUCCAUCCGCCGGGAAUGGGAAUGGAAGUGGGAUGGGAACGGGGGGCUGUGAAGGCACUGCCAAGCACCCCAUAAAAAAUCCCUGUGGGGGUGGUUUGCUCAUCCUGUCCUCCGGACACCAGGAAUGCGCAUGGGAAUGGGGAUGGGAAUGGGGGGCUGCAGCCCCAGCGCUCCUCGAAGGAGUUUUGGGGGUCAGAGCAGCGGAGCGGGGUUGGGUUCCCUCGGGAGCGGCUCUCGAGCCGCUCGGCCGGAGCGCAGGAAUGAGGAAGAUGAGGGCUUUUCACAACCCUGCUUUAAAAACACAUGGAAAUCCAUCGGGAUGCGGCGUGCUGGGGAUGAUUCACUCCCGCUGCCAGCCCCCUCUUCCGGGCUGCAUCCCGGCCUGGCACCGCCAAAUUCCCCGUGGAUUUCCGCGCUGGGAAGCACCGGAUCCUUCCCGCUGGGCUUUGGGGAGUUCCUUCCCACCAUCCCAAGGCGGGAGCAGCGAGGGCCAUCCACAGGGAGCAUCCCUGCCCCCGGACAGAGCACGAGGAGCUCCACCUCCAUGACCACGGAUGGUUUGAUGGAAAUCAAACCUUUCCUCAGAUAAAACUGGGUUUAGACCUUUGCUCUGAAGGACUCCAAACCUUCACCUGGAAGGAGCCGAUGCGAUGGAGGGAGAGCGACCCCACCUGAGCGCAGACCUGACGACCCCGUACCUGAGGAAGGCUCCCACCCCCCCCGGCCAUGAGGACGCCGACACCGCCGUCAUCGCAGUGGUGAUCACCCUGGUGUUCCUCACCUUGCUGACGGUGCUGGUGGUGAUCGGGAUUUACCUGUACCGGAACCAGGGCUCCUACCGCACCUACGAGCAGCCGGAGCCGGACGUGGCCCCGCGGGCCGAGGAGGCUCCGGCCAAGGAGAAGGAGGAAUAUUUUAUCUAAGGACGCACCUGGGAUUCACCCAGGUCCCGAAAUUCCCUGGAGUUGGGGGUCUACAUAAAUUUUCAGAAGUUAGGAUGCUACCUGAAUUCCCCGGCAUCGGGGAUUUGGGAUCUGCCCAAAUUUCCUGGAGUUGGGGGUCUACCUAAAUAUCCUGGAGCUGAGGAUCUGCCGAAAUUUCUUGGAGGUGGGGGAUUUUCCUAAGAUGGGAAUCUGCCUAAAUUCCCUGGAGUUAGGAUCUGACUAAAUUCUGGAGUUGGGGCUCUGCCUAAAUUCCUUGGAUUUGGGGAUCCACCUAAAUUGGAAACCUGCCUAAAUCCCCUGGGGUUGAGGUUCUGCCUGAAUCUCCUGGAGCUUGUGAUCUACCUAAAUUCCCUGGAGCUGGGGUUCUGCCUAAAGUUGAGGCUGAUUUUGGUUUUUCAUUUCGUUUUUCCCUUAAUUUAUGAAGCCAACCAUGGAAGGAAUAUGUGGGUGCCCGAGGGCAGGAAAAACCCCAAAUAGCCCCCCUGAAAUAACAACCCCAAAAAAGGAAGUUCCCAGCCCAGCAGGAAAAAGGAAAGAAGUGAGGAAACUGCCGGCUGGCAGCAGCCAAAAGGGUUCUCAGAGGCCCGAUAGAAAUUUGUUACUUCAUUUAAAUUUUCAAAAUAAUCUUUAUUUUAUUUUUGGUUUUUAGUAUAAAAACUCCACAAGUUCAGUGCAGCACAGAGAGUCCGAGAGCUGAGCUCGGGAACAGUCAGGGAUGGUCACACACACACACAGGACACGGAUUCAGAUUAAAGUGAAAUACUAAGAUAAAA